CAUUAUUAUUUUUUUAGGAUGAAUAUCUAAUUCUUGUCCUUGAAGUGCGGGACUUCCCUGUCAAAAUGUCGAAUAUUUAUUUACAAAAAUUGAAAGAACUUUACAAAGUUUAUCAAUUCCAUGGAGGGUUAAGGGGGUCUUUCUUCACAAUCCUUAAAACAGAUGCAUUUAAGAUUGGAACAUUAAAGGGCACAGAUGAAUUUGGUAAUAGAUAUUAUGAAAACAAAGCAUACUUUAUAGGUCGUAGUAGGUGGAUAGAGUUCACAGAUGCAGUAGGCUUUGAUUAUGAUGCCAGUCAGAUCCCUCCAGAAUGGCGUUCUUGGUUGCAGUAUUCAAGGGAGGAAAGUCCUGUAGAAAAGCCCGCAAUCCAGCAUAAAUGGCUAGGAAAACACGAGGAGAAUCUAUCAGGGACGUCUGGCGAAUAUGUUCCAUACAGCACAGCUAAACCCAAAAUACAAGCAUGGCAGCCGCCUAAAUAAAUUCAUAUAAUUAAAUUUUGUUAUAUAUGUUUCGAUUAUAAUGUCAAUAGUUUGACUUAGGAGAUGUUGACAGAUUAUACUUUGAUACAUAAUGCAUAAAGACAAAAUUUCUUGACAUCAUUUGUGAAAUGCAAGUUCUUUAUUAACUAAAUUAUACAAGUAAAUAUGAUUUCUAUGGAAGUUUUUAUGUGCUUUUUAUGUGGAUAUUUUAUUACAGAUAUGAUUUAAAUCUGUACGAUACAUUUGUUGAUUAAAAUUGAUAAAAGUA